UCGAGGCUAAAUACUGAGGAAUCAUGGGAUUGUAAGCCAUAUUUACAAAGUUGGUUAAAACUAACGCGAAGAAGAAAAAUUUUUGAGGUAGUCUAAUUUGUUGUUUAAAUUUCAAAAUGUAAAUGAUUAUCAUUAUAAUUUUCACGUUACAUGAAAAGCUGUUAUAUCAUUGAAGGCUAUACGUAGCCUUCAAUGUUUUUUAUAUAUCCUAUUGGAAUCAGCUCAAGGUGAAAUCAACUGUGUACUGUAAUCUGUACGUAACUGCUUAGUGAGUGUAGGUACUGUGACAGUGUAGUCAUUCGGGAAUGGUUAGUUAACAUUUGGCAAGCUUUCGUUACGAAGCUUAUAAGUAUCUUUUGCUUCGUAAUCGUUCAGUGAGCGUCACAUAGUAGUAUGGAUUGCGAGCUUGGUAGUAGGUUAAUCCUACUGCAGGGGAAGUAAACAAAACAGAGCUUUUAUCUUGUCAAGCGAAAGAUGUCAUUUGCUGGGAUGAAUACAAAAAGAAGUAAUUUUGAAGACAGUGAUAAUCUGUUUAUCCAAAGUUUAGAAAUAAAAGGACAACUUGCAUGAGAAAAUGUGAUAGAUUGAAGGUUUCAAUAAAUUAUUUUUGACCCUACAAUGUGUGGUGGAAUACUUCUCUACCUUGUUUUGUUUUGAACAUUGAAGAAUAACAUGUCAGAAUUCAACCACCAUGUGAUCAAAAAUAACACCUUGGUGCCACCACAGACCAUUUUUUCAAGUGGUCCUGGGAUCUUUCCUGCUGGUGGGGUGGUAAAUAAUUCACCAUUAGGAGUUAUUCACACAUUACCAACUCUGGGGUCAAAGACAAACCAACCUAAUCCACGGCUGAGUUUUUUUGCGCAGCCUUGCACACCAUCUUUGCUAUCAUUGUCAUCAGCUUCAGGAUUUCAGCCAGUCCAAGAUAAUACCUUGUCUUCGUCCUUUGAAUCAUACAUACCCGUUUGUCCUUCGUGGACACCAGUGGACAGUGGGGGGUCAUAUGUAGAAUCUGAUGGUCGUAACUCUGGUACUUCUGUUACUUUGUUGCAACAUCCUCAACCAGCAGUAACUGUUGAAGGAAGACCUUGUAUACAAGAUACGCUAACUCACUUAGUUGGGAAUCAGGGAAAGAAUUUAGUUCUUUCAUCAACUAUGAUGUACCAAGGGAGCCAUUCACUUCCAGAAAGUGUAACUGUACCAUUUGGAUGGAAACGAUUAACCUGUGAUGGAAAAGUAGUGUAUGUUAGUCCCAGUGAGUGUCAGUUGACUUCUUUAUCUGAUGUUGUUAUGUACCUGCAAACAGAAGGAACUUGUAAGUGUGGACUAGAGUGCCCUGUUGUUCCAAAUAAAGUUUUUAACUUCAAUCCAGCUGUACAGUCAAAAGCUUGGGCUCUUACAGACUCUUGUUGGAAUGAUGCUAGUAAGUUAUGUAUUCAUAAACGGAAAACUGUGGCCAUGGCAACAUUUCAGAACAGCACAAGCCUUAACCCAUCUUCAUCACCUUUGAAACUUUCUUCUCAAUCAGUACAUUCGUGUAGCUCAGUGACAGCAAUAAAAAAGAAAGAUUCAUCCUCUUGUAAGAAGAAAAAAAUGAGAACUAAAAACAAAAGCCCUUUUGAUGGAGUUCUUGUGUCCGAGUUGUUGGCACAGAGAGAUAAAAUGGGCUUAAGAAAAGAAAGCAAAAAUAAUAAUCUGAUUCUUAGUUCAGUUGCUGUUGAAAAGAACCGUGGUUCUUUAUCAUCAUAUAGCAAUAGUCCUGUUAGCAGUCAAGCAUGUAACCUGCUGCCAACACUGUUACCCACUGAAGAUAGAAGUAACUUUCAACGGUUCUGCACACCACAAGAGUUACUUCUGGUUGAUACUCCUGUUCAUAAUAACAGCAUGAGAGUUUGCCCAAAUAACAGUCAGUAUCCACAGAAUAAAACUAGUAAUGAACUUUUUGUGUGCACAACAGUGACAUCUUGUUCUACUGCACCUUCUACCUUCAGUAGCGUUUCACAUUUAGGUCCCUAUGGAGUUCACUUAAAUAUGUCAAAUGUACAAAGUUUCUCUCAGAGAACAGAAUCAGGUGAUAAAAGACAUACUUCUUUGGAUACACCACGAGUAGGCCAGGUAUCCAUUUCACUCCCCUUAGGUCAUCAUAUGCAGUCAGGGCAGUCAUUAUUACCAAUACAACAAAAUAUGCAGACUCCAGGAACUAAAAGUUCAGAAGUUCCCCGUGGACCUUCUCCACAAUCAGUAGUACGAGGUAAUGUUCUUCAUUCCCAGCUUCAAGUUAACCAGUGCAUUGGUUUAGGUGGACAAUUAAAUUCUUGUAUGAUGCCCCCUGGAGUUUGUCCAUCAUAUCAACGAGCACCUGUGAUGCAGCCACAUGGUUCAGCGCAUGAAGAAUUAAAUUCUUGUUUAAGCAAUAAUGAAGUUUCUACACCAGCCACACAAAAACUUGCUCCAAACUUUUUUUGUCGUUCUGCCACAGACCAGUCUGUUAGUUCUCAGGUUGGAGAAGGUACUUUCAGCCCUAAUGGUAGGCAGAAACUAAAAAAGUCUUCAAAAGUGAAUAACACUGUACGUCUUUUUGAUCGUGGAUCUCCAUGUCCAAAUGUAGAUGUAAGGCAAAUUCCUCCUGAACAUCAUCGACCUCCUGCUGGCACACUAGCAAGUCAGACAGUGUCCAAGAGGAGUGCAAGUACACCAAUCGUUGGUGUAAGUAGUGAAUAUCUAGCCACUUCACAAGGUGGUCAGUCUUUGACUUGCCCCCAAGGCAUUCCUGUAAGAUGGUGUAGCUCUUCCAGUAGUCAGAAUGAAAUUGUAGAUGCAGUUGUUAGUAGUCUGCCAACUCAUAAUUUAAAUGAUCAAGUUACUCCAUCCUCCAUACCAGAAACAGGUGGUGGAAUCCUAUCUUCUAAUUUAAAUAACAUGUUUGAUGUUAGUAACACAGAUUGGACUUCUAAUUGUUCCAAAUUAACUGUGUCUGUUGAUACAGAAUUACCAUUGCAAAAAAGAAAUAUGUUUCCACUUAUGGAUUCUCAAACUUCCUCUGUAAACACCAGCAGAUUAUUGAAUAAGAAUUUGGAAUCAUUUCCUGUAAACUCUAUAAAUCGAGUGCAAAAUAGUAGUGAGGUAACAUCUGAAGAAGGCUUUGAUGUUAAUUCUUUGCCAAAAGUUGGCCUUCAAAAUUCUGUUUCAUGUUUUGGACCAAGUACAGAGAUAGCAAACUGUAAUGGAUCAUACCCUGGUAUGUUGGUGCCUAACAUUAAUAAUAACCAUUUCUCUGCUAAUUUACAUGCUGCAGUAAAUCUUCAAACACCAUCAAGCAUCCAAGCUUCUCCUUCAGUCGUGAAGAUUCAUGUUGCACCCCAGACUAACCAGAUAUCACCAGUUCAGGUCAUUCAGCAAGUUGGAAUGAUUGGGUCUCAACAAGUGCGUCCCAGUGUGAUACAGACCCAAUCAGUUAGCUCAGAUGGGACAGAGAAUACAGCUAAUGGAAGCACUCCAUCUGUUGAAAACAUGACAUCAUCAACUUUUGUUCAGUUUCCUGGUCCAAAUGGAGCUGUACGCUCUCCAUUAUGGCAACAUAAUGCAUCCUCUGGUAUUUUAGUGCAGAAUGUAUUCAGCCAGCUCAGUCAACGUGUUUAUACUGAAUACACACCAAAUACAGUUUUACCAACUGCCUCAAGAACCCAGUUUGCUCAACACCUAAAUGGAAUGGUACUGCCUACAGGAUUUCAAGGUAUGUCAAAUUCCCAGCAAAUUUUGAUGACUCCAGAUGGUAUACGAGUACCAGUUGGAGGACCAGCCGUAAAUUCCAUACCUACUCCUGUUGGAGAAGCGCAACCAUUUGGUCCAGCCCAACAGUUAUCCCAACCAUUAUUAAUAUCUGAUGGAUUGAGGCCAAACUUGCUACAGUCACAGCAGCUUGUACAGAAUGGUUGUUUUAUAAUUGGAUCAUCUCAACCAAGUUUCACUGUAAGAAGUCCUCAUCUGUCAAGUCACAAUAUACCUUUGGGUGUGGGAGAAGGUCCAUCACAAUGUGCAAACAUUUCUAUAACAGUUCAGAAUGACAAUACAGGAACUUUGAUUUCCUCUCAGCCUUACACAAGAGUUGGAGCUAUUCCUUUAGCAGCUUCUACAAAUCAGAAAACCACAAAUACAAUGCAGUCUUUUGAACGAUCACUUCCUGUAACACAACAACCAACAGUUAUAUAUGAUAGACACGAGUUUGCAAGCUCAGCUCAUUCAGAAGAAAAUGGUUGUGCACAGAUCUCUGCAACUGUGAGCAAUGGUGGGUGUGUUUCUUCAGUAAAGCCAGUUACGGCAACUAAUGCAGUUGCUACAGUCUCCAGGGGUGUACUCAUCAGUGCCAACACUGUAGCAGACAACAAUUCUCUACCUGGUACAGCUUCUUACAACCGUCCAAGUGCUUCAGUUUGCAAUUCUGCAGUUAACCAACCACUUAAAAACAUUAAUGGUAUGCCAGUGCCAGGACAACUUAGACUGAAUAACUCCAUGCCACCCCUUUCCAUACCUAAUGUGACAACAGUAACUACAUCCAUGACCCAGGUUAUACCUGCUGUGGGAAUGGUACCCCAAGUUUUAAGCCAGCCAGCACAACCUGUGAUGCAGGUUUUUAAUUUAUUAUCUCUUCCAGCUAUGCAAAAUACAGUUCUUAUUCCUCCUGGACAAAACUUCUUGCCUGGACCUCUACGAAUUGAACAGCCUUCUCCAGUAAUUGGUACUCCAACACAUCCAACAAACAUUACUUCAAUAUUAGGGGGGUCCAGUGGUGCAUUAGCUACUACCCCACUUCCUUUAUCCAGCCCCACUUCCUUUGUUACCCUCUCAGCUCAACAGGAUGAAAGUAGAGGAAGAUCAGAGCUUUAUUCUAAAUCAGUAUCUCGGCCUAGUUCUACUUGUAGUACUCCUUUGUCCAAUAAUGGCUCCAUUUCUUGUGUGCAAAGUGAUGAUUCACCAAAUUUCUUUCAUACACCAAAUAGAAAGAAGUCAAAAGAGGGUAAAAAAAAAACAGGAAGUCAAACAGUAGCCUCCAUGUUGCAAAGUGGAACUCAGAACUCUUCUGUAUUGUUUCCAAGUAUUACCAUUACACCUCAGCAGCAAACCCAGCAAGCCCCAGUCCUUCAGACUUUCACUGUGCUUCCUCCAUCUUCAGCUCAGCAAUCCAGGCAGUUAAUGCAGCAACAGCAACAGGUUAUAAGUUACAAUGGCAUGAAUCCAGUCAUACAACAACAAAUGUUAUCGUCAGGAUUUGGAAACCAAGUGAAUCUUCUUCAGCCAUUUGGCAUGAUUGGGCUCCCUUCAGGUGGUGGAGCUAGUGUGAUGCAGAACAUCCCUUUGCAACAGUAUGUUUCUGGACCUUCUUUUCACUCCAUUGCAUUGGUGCAGAAUCCUCAAAAUAUCAGCUCUUUUCCCCAAGAACCAUCUGUUUUAGUGCAGGGUCCUUCUAAUUUUGGGAUUCAUUCUAACCCAGUUCAAUGUGCCUUUCCUGAUGGUUCCUUUGUUUCUAAUGUGAUUCAACCCAGUUCACAUGUUUCUGGAGCAGAUGUGAUCUUGAGUCCCAACAUUCAAGAUCAUUCUUCAGCAGGAGGUAUUCCACGAGCCAUCAUUCAUCAUCAGGGAUCCACACCAGUGGUCAGCCAUAAUAUGAUAUCUGCCUCUGUUAGUACGCCAUCAUCAUCAUUACCUUGUAAUACGUUAAUACCUACAACAGCAACGAGUCACUUAAACUAUAUUAGUGCAAGCUUAAACAGUCAGACUUCUUUAAGUGGUGGGUUUACUACUCAUUCAGCUUCAGCUGAGGAAAACAUGCCUGAAUUGUCACUAUGUAUGGUGAAUAAACCAAGUGAUCUUCAAGAGUCUUCUAGAGCUAGAAGUGUUGGAGUUCAGAGUGGAGAGAUGGAGCAUAAUGCAGCCGUGCAGACAGUCACUUCAGUAGAUUCAGUGUGUAUCCCGGUGAAUGAACCUACACCAUCAACAGAAGCCAUUACAGUUGUCCCCAAACAAAAUGUUGACAUUGGCAGUGCCUCUUUACAGGAAUAUAAUGAAAUAGAAGAAGAAAGCAUGUUUCAGCCUUGUGAAGAAGAGGCUAGUGAAACUCUAUGGCCAGACCCUGUGAAUCUGUCUGCAGCUGUAAGAGCAGUCAUGCAAAAAGGUAGAAAUAAUGUGCGAGACAGCCCAGUGCCUGAUUAUCCCGGUGAAUCGUUCAACAAAGAAGAAACUUCAUUGUCUACUGAUGUUCAUUCAAGACUUCCAGAUCAAGACAUUGAGCAGCUUGAUAGUGUUCAGAACUGUGAAAGUACAGAUUUUCAGCAACAGACAGUAUCUGAGGUGAAUUUAGCACUUGACUUGAGUAGAACAUGGACCUACUCAAAUCCGUUUGUGAAGGAAAAUAAUCAUAGUUUACUAGAAAACCAGAAAGCCAGUAAAAGUUCUCUUGUAAAACAUGGGUUAGAGGAACCCAGUGACAGUAUAGAGAACCUUCAAACUAAGUGGGGUACUUGUUCAUUAGAAACCUUGCCAAUAGAUCAACCUGACAAUGCAGGUGAAAAUGCUUCAUCUGCUUCUUCUGAUACCUCUGAACAGUCUUUGUCAGGUGGGGAUAACCAUUCCAUAAGUGAUUCAGGUGUAGAGUCCAGUCAGGAGCCAAUGAACCUUGUUUGUGGCCGAGAUGAGAGGGAAGAUGAAAACAGAGUAUGUUUAGAAAGCAGAGAUGGAGAACUGCAGUCAUCAGCAAACUCAAAGAUAUUGGAAGGGACUACCAACCCCCUUGUCACUGUCAGUCGGACAGUAGUGAAUCAGAACUUUGAAACAGAGACGUGUAAAACUGAAAGGUGGUCUGGGGUGAAGAGGAGAAGAAGGGAAGUGUUUCCUAUCUCUCAGGAAGAUGGAGAUCAAGACUCUGAUGGUAAGAAAGAAAAGCAAGUUUUGGAUAUUCUGUAUUGUCAGGUCUGGGUAAAGUGGUUUGGAGAUCACACAUUCACUCAAGUAGAGCCUGAAAAAUUGAAGACUCUAUCAGAAGGACUUGAAGCACAUCACAGGGCCAGGAAAAAGUAUAGAAGGGGAAGAAAAAUGAACUCAAAUUUGGAAAAUGCUAUUCAAGAAGCAAUGCUGGAGUUAGAUAGACCAGCAUCUGCUUCAGGUGGUGGUUCUGGAAGUGGUGUUCAUCAAAAUGUGACUGUGCCCUGUUCAAAAACAGGAAGAUCGCGUGGACCUAAACAUAGAAGGACAAAAUAAUAUAUAAGUAUAUAAUAUACAAAUAUAUAUAUAUAUAUAUACACACACUACUGCUGCUACUACUACUUGUUCAGUGCUUCUGUUUGUUAUAUUGUCCCAAGUAACUGUUGAUACUAUAUUUCGUGCCUCAUUUUUACUGAGGACUCUUCAUGAAAAAAAAAAACAAAAAAAAACUCUCUCUCUCAAAAGCACACUUUUCAGUUAUGCAUUUGGGAGUUAUGUUCAUUUGAAUAUAUUUUAAAUAACUGUUGGUGUUAACCCUGUAGUUUAUACACGUGUGUAACUCCGUGUGUACAAAAGACCUUUUUUUUUUGCAUCCUGUAAUGUUUGGACUAUACAUGUACACUACAAACUUUAUCUGAAUUUAUUGUUGAAUUGUAUGGAUAAUCCAAAUUUGUCUUAAGAAGACUAGGAUUGGUGCCGAAGCAGUUGGAGGAAAUCCUCCGGAAUGAUUUUUUGUGAGCCGCCCAUUAAUGUAGGUAAAGAAAGAAUGGAUGUAUCUGUACUACAGCUGCUUUUUGUAUAGGUGUAAACAGAAAAUGUUAAUAGGUAAUGUAAGCACUAAUUUGUUUUAUAACGUUUUUGGUGGGAUAACUAUCCACACAAAAUUAUAAGUUAAUAGCCUAUAUUUCAGAUUUGCUGUUGCAGUUUUGUUGUUGUGUGUGGACAGGCAUUGUGCACCAUAGUUUUUAGAAAUCACCAUAAAAUUUUAAAGAACUUGUGCCUCCUGUGUCAUUUUUUACAUGAGGUCACAAAUAAAAAAUAUCUUCUUUAGAGCAGCA